CGAGCGGCCGAGAAGAUCAGAUCUUAGGGUGGGGAAGAAGGACGGACAGAAGGGGAAUAAAAAAAAAAAAAAGAAAGACAAAAGGAAUAACUAAAUAAACGAAAAAGAUGAGUGAGACCGCCAUUUCGUUCGCCAAGGAUUUCUUGGCCGGAGGAAUUGCCGCCGCUAUCUCCAAGACAGCCGUCGCUCCCAUCGAGAGAGUCAAGCUUCUCCUUCAGGUCCAACAUGCCAGCAAGCAGAUCACAGUUGACAAGCAGUACAAGGGCAUCAUGGACUGCGUGGUGCGAAUCCCCAAGGAGCAGGGCUUUGUGUCGUUCUGGAGAGGCAACCUGGCCAACGUGAUCCGCUACUUCCCUACGCAGGCCCUCAACUUCGCCUUCAAGGACAAGUACAAGAAGGUCUUCCUUGACGGUGUGGACAAGCGCAAGCAGUUCUGGCGCUACUUCGCUGGUAACCUGGCGUCCGGGGGUGCCGCCGGAGCCACCUCGCUCUGCUUCGUCUACCCUCUCGACUUCGCCCGAACGCGUCUGGCCGCUGACGUGGGAACCGGCGCCGAGAGAGAGUUCUCCGGCCUGGGGAACUGCCUGGUGAAGGUCUUCAAGUCAGACGGGCUGAAGGGGCUGUACCAGGGCUUCAAUGUGUCCGUGCAAGGGAUCAUCAUCUACAGAGCAGCUUAUUUCGGCAUCUACGACACGGCAAAGGGUAUGAUGCCCGACCCGAAGAACACCCACAUCGUGGUGAGCUGGAUGAUCGCUCAGACUGUAACCGCUGUCGCCGGUCUCACUUCCUACCCCUUCGACACGGUCAGGCGUCGCAUGAUGAUGCAGUCCGGUCGCAAAGGAGCCGACAUCAUGUACACCGGCACCAUUGACUGCUGGAAGAAGAUCGCACGAGAUGAAGGCUCAAAGGCCUUUUUCAAGGGCGCAUGGUCCAACGUUCUCCGUGGCAUGGGUGGUGCCUUCGUCCUUGUCCUGUACGAUGAGCUCAAAAAGGUCAUCUAAAUGCCCCCUUUCUCACCAGUCACCGUAUUUUCUUUUUUAUAUAUAAUAACAAAGUCUGCCGACAAAAAGAGGGAAAAAUAGGAAAAAUUUAAACGGUUAAAACACGUAACGUUGAAGAAGAAUGAUAAGAAAACAACCCUGACUCUUCUGCCCAAUUAGUACUGCUGCUGGUUCUGAUUAAUACAGAGAUGGUGUUUAUUUAAACUGUGUGUGUGCGCGCGAGUGUGUGUGAGCCAUUCUCUUAGUCGGUUUAUCGUUAUCCCCCCCUCCCCGGUCCUAACCAACUCGUCCUCAUUCCUACAUGUGAGAGAGUCCUGAAUUUGUUCUUCACUCCGUCAGUUUUUAAAUCACAGCUUGAAUAAAUUCAACCUACUGAAAAAAAA